UCUGGAUCCAACAACCCAACGGGCCAUCCCACAUCUCUCUGACCUCGACCAGCCAGCACGCAUGGGACCCCAAUGCCUAUUAUUCAUCCCAUAUGCGCACUUCGACAGCCCGCCCAAGCUGGUCGAGUGUCGCCAGCUGCUCAAACGGCUGCUGCGGCCCCAUGAAUCCGCGAUUCAGUCCGUCAGCAUCGGCCCAUACGACGACUCGGGAUAUCUGAGGACGGUGUUCCUGCAAACCAUCGAUCGUUCGUCUGCACUGGAGAUUAUCAAAUAUUGUUGGGCAUCUCGCCCCCUGUCCGAGGACACUCGUUCGCUCAACUCGGCCUUCCCCGCUCUCACGGAUCGACCCAUAGUGUUCUUCCGCAGCUCGUCGCUACCAGAUCCGGUCUUUCAUCUGGAAAUCCUGGCUGUCCCCAUCCAGCGCACAGGCGACGAAGUCGUUAGUCUUCCAAACCUGCACAUGUCGCUGGUGGAUCUGUUUGGAAAAACGGCCGAGGUCCUUCAUUCUGCCAUCAGUAUCGAGAAGGCCACCGGCACGGUUCGGCUCUCCAUCGUUUAUGCCUCGAAAGAAUCGGCUCGGAAGGCAACCAACACUCUCUAUGGGACAGAAGUCUUGGGCUACACCCUAACCGUUCGUUACUGGGAUCCGGCAAGGCAUCGGUGGCUCAAUCGAGAAACACUGAUAUCUGUGCCAACGAGGAUACGCUCCGCUGGCCCACCCACAUCUGCAGCUGGACCUCAAACGCCACCGCCAAAUCGAACGGAUACCGAAGUUCCCGACGACAAGAUUCUGUGGGAUCCGAGUGGCCCACUGUUUUUCAAGGCCCGAGGUCUGAACAUCAGCGGCAAGAAGCCACGACCACCCCCGACAAACUCCAGCGAGGCAAAGGCAGCCGCAGCGCCAGAGGCAACUUCAAACAUUUUGAUAGAUCUGGAUGCCGAUGGCGAUGCUGUCAUCGAAACGGCCGAGCCGCCUGCAAGCACUGGGGCCAACGGUCCAUCAUCCGCCUCCGACAUGCAGAUCGACGGCCCGGAGCUGGCUAGUUGCCCAGAUUCUGCCACCCCGGCACAAGACCAGGCUGCCCAACUAGAGGAGUCGGCGAUGCAACCAGAGUCGGCAGGAGUUCAGCCAACAGCCCCACUGGAGCCGCCAGCAGCCCAGCCAGCCGCUCAGCCAGCGCAGAUGUCAACAUCACCUCCCACGGCGCCUCUCUUGGAGCCACUGGGCCCUGCGCUAAAGUCCAACGAUCCAGUCAUCUUUCCCAGCGUCAAUCUCAUGGCCCCGAUCCUCUAUGAUUUCAUUUAUUCCCAGCAAAGGCCACGUACACGAGAAAUGCACAAUGUCCAGUGGAUCGCAGAACAAGACGAUGAUGCGCCAAAAGAGUUGGGAUACGUCAGCUCCAAGGUCUUCAAGGGAAGCAGACACUUUGUCGUCCUCGAAAAGGAGAGCCACGCCCCCACACAGCUCUGCACCUGGAAGACAUUUUGUUGGGCAAGACACACCAAGGAGGCCAUGAAAAGCACCCUGGAGAUCUCGAAUGGAAACACAGAGUUGUCGGAGAACAUGGAGCGGCUUAAAACGGACAACCUCAACGACUCGCCCAUCAGGAUAAAAUCUCUACCCAAGACGAACCAGGUUAUUCUUCAUACUAGAGAACUUUCGGUCUUCGAUAUGGCCCUGAAUCAAAGCGCAUCAACUCCGUUAUUCAGACUGAGUGGUAUUGCCACGCCCAUCGCGUGCUUUGAUGCGAUUCGACUUCUGUCCGAUAUCAUAUGUGCAGCGGCAGAUUACACUGGCCAGUUAGGAUUUUGGAAAUGGAGAGCCCAGCAAAUGCCAGCGGAAGACGACAAAAAGUCAGGCAUCGUCCCGUGUUGUAAUCAGCUCAAGGCGACACUGCGAUAUCAGCCAUGUCAGAUCCAACACGUGUGCUUGCACCGCACGCAGUCAUGGCUUGCGGUCAUCACCACGGAGGGCCAGUUCGGACUGUGGUUUUACACCAAGCGAUCCGACAUCUCAUGGGCGACGCUCCACUUGGCCGAUCGGCCAAACAAGCCUAUUGCAAGUAUGUUCGAGGCCCACCAGGGAUACAACAUUUUGUCGUGCUCGUUCUCGCCAGAAAGCGGGCCAUUACCAUCCAAGGGGAACAUGCUGCUCACCAGCAGCGAAGAUGGCGUGGUUCGGCUGUGGGAGCUUGUCAUCGAUCCACGUAUGAUCAAGCUGGUGCUAUCGGAUACAAAGUUUGAGCACCGUGGGCCAGUGCGCAAGGUGGAGUGGUGUCCAACAUCCAAUGCCAUCUUUGCUUCGGCCAGCGACGACGGCACUGUUGCUGUAUGGGAUAUUUCGAAAAACGGCUGGGAGACGUCAAAGAGCCAGCGCUGGCUUCCAACGAUGAUUCAUUCGCUCCACAACGCGCCUGUGGUCGACAUUUCGUGGUGUCCCGACGUUCGCUUCGAGGGCAUGAUCGCCAGCCUGUCCUCGAAUCCAGAAGAGCACGACGACUCGGCAGCACCUUCAUCCGUCCAUGUAUGGCGAACGAAGCUGUUCGAGCCCAGAAGCGCCAACACAGUCUGAGCAAUCCCCGUCGCAUCACAUUGCUCCGCUUGACGCCGUUGCUGCCCCUCCCUGCCAGCGCCCUGUCUUGUCAAUCAUGGGAUUGAAAUGCGGAUACCCCCUCAUGGCAUGGCGCCAAAGGAGCCCGGUCGGAGCGCUGCUGAUCCGCCGCGGGAACACAGACCAAGCCCAUGGAGCACAGAGCGAGGUGGCGGUGCGUGGAGCCCGGGUGCUGGCUGCGUGUCCGCCCAGGGCAGAUCGACCAAGCCAAGGGCGGAGCGCGCGUGUGCAUCCUGUGAUACUCCUGUCGAUAUGCUGCGAUAUCCUCCUGUCGAUACGGUGCGAUACUCCCGUCGAUACGGUGCAGGCCAACGGACGCCAUGCCAUAGUCCAGCAGACGGCCGUCCAUGCGACGGCUCAAUAGAAACCGUAACGCUCGCUCUCCA